GUACGUUCGUUUUGUAUUUAACAUUCUUUUCCCUUGAAAAUGUCUGGACGUGGGAAAGGCGCAGGAAAGGCCAAGGGCACUAAGUCCAAAACUCGCUCUAGCAAAGCUGGUCUUCAAUUCCCUGUUGGACGUAUCCAUCGUCUCCUUCGUAAAGGCAAUUAUGCCGAACGCGUAGGUGCUGGAGCUCCAGUGUAUCUCGCCGCCGUCAUGGAAUACUUGGCUGCUGAGGUUUUGGAAUUGGCUGGUAACGCCGCUCGUGACAAUAAAAAGACCAGGAUCAUCCCGCGUCAUCUUCAACUUGCUAUCCGCAAUGACGAAGAGUUAAAUAAACUUCUUUCUGGUGUCACCAUAGCCCAAGGUGGUGUGCUGCCUAAUAUCCAGGCAGUUCUUUUGCCUAAGAAGACUGAAAAAAGCUCGUCAACAGGAGGAAAGGCUCCUAGAAAACAACUUGCCACCAAAGCUGCUCGCAAAAGUGCACCAGCAACCGGUGGAGUAAAGAAGCCUCAUCGUUAUAGGCCUGGAACCGUCGCUCUUCGUGAAAUCCGUCGUUAUCAGAAGAGCACGGAGCUUCUUAUCCGCAAACUACCUUUCCAGCGUCUUGUCCGUGAGAUUGCUCAAGACUUUAAAACCGAUCUCCGCUUCCAAAGCUCUGCUGUGAUGGCUCUCCAGGAAGCUAGCGAGGCUUACCUCGUCGGUCUUUUUGAAGAUACCAAUCUGUGCGCCAUCCAUGCAAAACGUGUUACUAUCAUGCCCAAAGAUAUCCAGCUGGCUAGACGCAUUCGGGGAGAACGCGCUUAAUUUGAUACUAUAUUUAUACUAUAUACUUCUAUAUUUUACUUAAUCGGUCCUUUUAAGGACCACCAUAUCGUUUUAAUAACGUUGAAUGAACAUUCAUUGUGAAUAUUCUUGUAUACUAAUCAAAAUAUAAACAAACAUAAAAAUAAAAAAUUCCUAAGAUCAUGUAAUCUCGACCAUGAUCUAGAAUUCUU